AUGGUUUACAUAAAUGCCUAUGUGCGUCAGCACUUCUCCCCACUUGAUGUGCUGUCGGACCAGGCUGUCCAGUCCAAGUACCGGCUUCCCCGUGUGGAGAUCCAACGCCUCGUAGAGAGAUUACCACGCCUCUACGACCCAGGGCCCGAAGUGACCGUGGAUGAACAACUGCUCGCGUUCAGAGGACGGUGUCCUUUCAAGCAGUACAUGCCAAGCAAACCGGCGAAAUACGGCAUCAAGUCAUGGGUCGCGUGCGAUGCAAAAUCAAGCUACGCUUGGAAGAUGCAAGUCUACACCGGGAAGCAGAUGGACGGAGUCCCGGAGAGGAACCAGGGGAUGCGCGUCGUGCUCGAUGUGAGAGGGCCUGAAGGAUCGGCCGAGCUCCCGUCCGAGCUGCUGACAACGAAGACGCGACGGGUGCUGUCGUUGCAGUUUGCCUUCACUCCCACCACUACUCUGGUUUCCUACCUUGCGAAGGAAAAUAAGAAUGUUUUACUCAUGAGCACACGCCACACAGACGCUGAAAUCAGUGACAGAAACGACGGCAAACCGACCAUCGUCCUAGACUACAACCGCAACAAAGGAGGUGUCGACAAUCUGGAUAAGGUCAUCACGGCCUACAGCUGUAAAAGGAAGACGGCCCGCUGGCUCCUCGUCAUCUUCAGCAACAUCGUUGACGUCUCCUCCUACGAUGCCUUUGUGAUAUGGAGGUCAACCCCAACUGGAUACCGCGUAAGCGCAACAAGAGGAGGUUUUUCCUCGAGCAGCUCGAAAGGGCCCUCGGUAUGGAGUCAAAUUGGGGUCAAUAAUAAUUUGCAGUCGCAGAAAACGAUUCGCAGUCGCAGAAAAAGAUUUUCAGGAGCAUAA